AUGCAGACGCUUCUCCACAGCAGAGCUCGAGAUGCAGACGCUUCUCCACAGCAGAGCUCGAGACGCAGACGCUUCUCCACAGCAGAGCUCGAGACGCAGACCCUUCUCCACAGAGGAGCUCAAGACGCAGACGCUUCUCCACAGCAGAGCUCGAGACGCAGACGCUUCUCCACAGCAGAGCUCGAGACGCAGACGCUUCUCCACAGCAGAGCUCGAGACGCAGCCGCUUCUCAGCAGCGGAGCUCGAGACGCAGACGCUUCUCCACAGCAGAGCUCGAGACGCAGAUGCUUCUCCACAGCAGAGCUCGAGACGCAGACGCUUCUCCACAGCAGAGCUUGAGACGCAGACGCUUCUCAGCAGCGGAGCUCGAGACGCAGACGCUUCUCCACAGCAGAGCUCGAGACGCAGACGCUUCUCCACAGCAGAGCUCGAGACGCAGACGCUUCUCCACAGCAGAGCUCGAGACGCAGACGCUUCUCCACAGCAGAGCUCGAGACGCAGACGCUUCUCAACAGCAGAGCUCGAGACGCAGACGCUUCUCCACAGCAGAGCUCGAGACACAGACGCUUCUCCACAGCAGAGCUCGAGAUGCAGACGCUUCUCCACAGCAGAGCUCGAGACGCAGACGCUUCUCAACAGCAGAGCUCGAGACGCAGGCGCUUAUAAUGAAAUAA